AUGUCGAGUUCUCAUUUGGAUAAUGGUGAAGAUGCUUGUCAGAGUGAUUUGAAUCGGAUCGGAGAGAUUAUCACUGAUUUGGUUAUGUGGAGAGAUGCUGCCAAAUCGACCCUCUGGUUCGGUUUUGGGUGUCUGUCUUUCCUAUCUUCUUGCUUUGCCAAAGGAGUCAACUUUAGCGUUUUCUCGGUGGCUUCCAACCUAGGACUUGUGUUAGUCUGCUGGUCCUUCUUGUCAAACACUCUUUGUCAAAGGAAAAAUGAUGACACGAAGAGAGCGUUCCAUGUGAGUGAAGAUGAUGUCUUGCGCUUAUCUAGACGAGUGCUUCCCGCAGCCAACUUUUUUAUCUCGAAGGCUAGUGAGGUUUUUUCAGGAGAACCAUCAAUGACACUCAAAGUGACACCAUUUCUGCUACUUGGAGCUGAGUACGGUCAUCUCAUAACACUGUGGAGGCUAUCCGCAUUUGGUUUCUUCCUCAGCUUCACCAUCCCAAAGCUGUAUUCAUGUUACACCCAUCAGAUUAGCCAAAAAGUUGAAAGAGUGAAAACGAGAAUAGGUGAAGCAUGGGGAGUCUGCUCUCACAAGAAGAUCUUGGCCGCCUCUGCGGUCACAGCGUUUUGGAACUUGACAAGCAUAAGAACCCGAAUUUUUGCAAUUUUUAUCAUCCUGGUGAUAUUUCGGUAUAGGAGACAGAAUCUAGAGCUAAACCCCGAGGAAGACGAGCCUGUUGAGAAUGAGAAGCCAGAAGAAGAAACACUUCCACAGGAAGAAGAAGAAGAAACACUUCCACAGGAAGAAGAAGGAGAUUCAGUUCCACAGGAAGAAGAACAGAUACAGCCAUCAGAAGAGCGAGCUUUAGUGACGGUGGUUGCAGAAACUGAAGGAUCAAAGAAACUCUAGUGUUUUGUACUUUGUGUCUCAUUACAUUACAUUUAACAGAAAUGCAAAAUUAAAUGUCGAGUUGAUGUAAUAGAGAGAGAUAGAGGAUACAUGUUUGUUAUAUGAAAAAUUGAAGACAA